UCGUGACGCCAGUUUAAGAAGAGAGCGUGUGCUGUACACCGCGCCGGUAUCUCUCGUGCGGAUGGUCUGCUCCGCUGUGAACGUAUAACUCGUCUGCGGUCUGUUGUGGUUGUCUAUUGCGAAGAACACAAGCUGUAGGCUACAUAAGGCUACACAAUUUGUAAACCCUCUCCUCGUGGCAGCCUCUUCUAUUGAGCUGUUUUCUUUGGGUUACCACGAAGCCAGCUGGACUUCUACUGUCACCACUAACGAGAGCCACAAACACAGCCUCUCCGGGGCCCAAUCGGCGUGGCCCUGGCAUCGGCCGGCUCACUGCAGCAGUGCGGGCACUGCGCCGCCGUCUUCUACCGCCGCCAAAGGUCGCACAAUGUACGGUUCACGGCAGGAACCACUGCACCGGGACGCCAUGUUGGCGCUCGCACCGAACGGAGCACAAUGGCGACCCCAGGAGGAGGACGAGACGCACAGCCAGGCAGCCUGGGCGCCCUGCGACGCCUCUUGGGCGACGCCCCGGUACAUGGAGGACGAGACCUUGCUGUGCAUCCCGCGGGAGAGGUCGGUGCUCAUCAAGAACUGCCUCAAGCUCACCAUCAAGCAGAGGAGGGAGGCUCUAGGGCUCGGAGACAUAGAACCGGAGUACAAGGAGCCGGGGCCGGAUCACUUGACGAAGGAGGACGAAGAGAAGCGGAGGCGACGCCGGGAGAGGAACAAGAUCGCCGCCUCCAAGUGCCGGAACCGGAAGAAGGAGCGAACCGUGCGUCUGUGCGAGGAAUCGGAAGGCUUGCAGAGGGGCAACGCCGAACUGCGCAGGGAGCUGCAGAGGCUACGCCUCGAGGUUCAGCACCUGACGUCUCUCCUGCGACUGCACGUAUGCAUCGCCACACCGGCGGUGUCGGCAUCGACAGAGGCCUUUCUCGGAGGUGGGGCAAGCUGCCUCUGAUGUCACUGAAACGUCUCAGCGCGUUCGUCAGGGAUCGGCGCAGUGUGGACGACUCGAAGAGCCGUGGGACUUUCGCCUACACUGUACGAUCGUUGUAAACGGCGUCGUAUGUGGCUUGCGGAUAAGCUACUAUGCGGACUGACUCAAAAUGGACCAUACCAGAUCUCCUGCCAAGUUUCGGCAAGACUGUGCAUUAUUUUUGUUUUGCGUGCGUGGUAUGUUAGCGAAAGCCCAGGUAAUCGAAGUCAGACUUUCGCGGAAUCUAUUACAGGGAAAGGCCACCCCAACUUCAAUGCUAUAAAAAAGAAGCUGCCAUGAAGAACAAAAUUGUUCUCUGCGUUCAUUGUCAUGGUGAAAAUGGGGAAAUAUUGAUGUGUUGUGCUCCACUUUGACUCGUUAGGGUAUGAUACAUGCAGAGGAACUCUGGAAAGAUAAAAAUGGUGGACUAUCCUGCAUAAGUAGAGUUCCUAGUUGGUGACAAUUAGCGCUGACAUAUGAAAAGUGCUAGCAGUGCCACUUGUGUUUAUCAUGAACUUUCGUACUGUUCUAAUGGAAAUGUGUUUUGGUGUUGGAUGUGCCCCGACUGGCAAGCUUGAAGUUUGCCAAACUGAGUUUCCAUCCCUACAUUUCGAACAAAUGAUCUGAUACUUUUCUCUUCGCUUUUUUUCUUUUUCUUCAAUGAUUUUUGAACUAUGCCUAAGCGCUGCACUCAACUCUGUGAUGAAGGCUAACUCUUGAUCUUACAAGUGUUCUACGGCAAUUUGCGCAACGAGCCAAAUGAUUUAAAUGCGAGCUGGCAAUAUUCCUUUCCUCCGCUAUGACACAAUGUCGUCGCGGUCGUUGUGAGAUUGUUUUAGCGUUUCAUCGCUAUAAUGGUCAGUACACUGUCCCAGAUAUCCCAUCAUUUAAACUCGCUUUAACCGACUUUAGCGAGAAUGAAUGCUAUGGCACCCAAGAAAUCGGAAUGAAUCGAAGGCGUUUUUUACGAACAACCUCUUUAGAAAAUAAAAGCGGAAGGGCAUAAUUGGUAGUCUUCAACUUUAAGGCGGUAUUUGUGAUACCAAUUGAAUAAAAAUUAUUAUGGGCGGCAAAAUAAAUAGCCGCUGGUAGAAACCGAACCUGGAAUUUUGGACAACACUACCGAUGCUCUGCCAAAUGAGUUACGGCCACUGCAUCUCAACUCAAGGUGGCUAAGUAUGUGCUUUAGCAGUUUUUAUGUGGUCUGUUACUGUUAGCUUCAUAUUUUCAGCCUAUUUCAAUUUCGAUGUUUGAGACUGUAUCGAGCUUGUGAGCAGCAUUAUUGACAAAUUCGGCUCUGUCUUGAAGUGCCUUAUAAAUGUGCGAGUCACCGUUUGGUUUUGCACGCAUGCAUCAACCACCAACAUAAUGUAAAAAUACGAAAUUUUAUCUCUCGAUAUAAUCUCUGCCUAGGUUGUUGGCAAUACCUUUUCAACAAGAGCCGACCUUUGCUUUUUUGUAUUUCUUUACCAUAACAUGUCACUGUCUUAUCGUAUGAAUGGUUGUAAUCGUACUCUUUUCAAAUCAACUACAGUCAAUACUCGUUUAUUUAUGGCGAUGCACUCAUAUCCCUGCGUUGUGCUCACCCGGCCCCCCUGGUUCUGAUGUCAACACGAACAUACUCAAAUAUAUCAGCCCCAAUGUGCUCAAUAUACCCUUUCAACCGCAUUCUCACUAGUUGCCCUUACAGCUUGAAACGUUCCUCUAGUAGUGAGGAUGCCUCUGCGAGUUUUUAAGACGCUAAGAAACAAAUAUGAAGCGAUCGUCGUGUCUAUACUCUUCUCCUCGUUUCUUGUUUUUAAAGACGACAGUCUUUCUUCGCGACCUUCGAUGCAAACUUUUUGGUCU